UAUGCAGCCACUUAGGAGAUUGCCACUGGCUCUACGAGAGAGGGUGGCAGAGGAGUUGGAUCGUUGGGAGAGUUUGGAUAUCAUUGAAAAAGUGGAUUCAUCCCCAUGGAUCUCAAAUUUAGUAGUUGUAUGGAAGAAAUCAGGGGCAAUUAGACUCUGCGUAGACCUUCGAAGAGCCAAUCAGGCAAUCAUACCUGGCAAGCAUCCACUUCCAACAAUGGAAGACAUAGCGGCAGAGUUUUAUGGAUCUACAGUAUUUUCGAAGCUGGACUUAAACCAGGGGUACUUGCAAAUACCUUUGGCAGAGGAAAGUCGCUUUAUUACAGCAUUUGUAACACAUAAGGGGACUUACCAGUUCAAGAGAAUGCCAUUCGGUUUGGCAUCGGCCCCAAGUGCCUUCCAGAAAGUCAUGGUUACGGUCGUAGCCGGAAUACCAGGAGUUGCUGUCUACAUGGACGAUAUUGUCGUUCAUGGGCCAGAUCGACCAAGUCACAAUAAGAGACUGAAUGAUGUGUUUCAACGACUACAACAUCACAAUUUGACACUAAAUGUGGACAAGUGCACUUUUGCAGUUAAGGAAAUAUCAUUUGUGGGACACAGUAUUUCGGCGAGUGGUAUUCGUCCUCUAACAUCUAACAUAGAAGCAGUUGAAAGACUGAAAGAACCGACAUCAGUGACAGAACUAAAUUCAUUCCUCGGUAUGACAAAUUACUACCUCCGGUUCGUGCAGGGCUAUGCUGAUAUCUCUUCUCCUUUGCGGUGCUUAUUACGGAAGGAUGCCCAUUGGGAAUGGUCCACUGAAUGUCAAACGGCAUUUGACAAAUUGAAACAGCUUGUCACAUCAGCACCAGUUCUUGCCCACUUUUCAUCCACAGCGGACACCUUUGUGUCGUGUGACGCUUCUGGAGUAGCUAUUGGGGCAGUAUUGUCUCAAAUACAAGAUGGACAGGAACGUCCUGUGGCAUAUGCGUCCCGUGCGUUGUCACCAGCAGAGCAGAAAUAUGCUGUGGGAGAACGGGAGGCAUUGGCCUGUGUGUGGGCGUGUGAGAAGUGGCAUGUAUUUUUGUUUGGACGACCGUUUGUACUUCGUACCGAUCACCAAGCCUUGGUAUCACUGCUAUCUGCGUCAGGAACAGGUCAAAGGCCAUUGCGAUUACACCGGUGGACAGAACGGCUGUACAAGUAUACAUUCCGCGUGGAAUAUCGACCUGGUCAUUCCAAUCAAGUUGCUGAUCUACUGUCGAGGUCACCAGCUCCAGCUGAGAAUUCAGCAUGGGACUCUGAUGAUGUGGAAGAAUGUAUAUUAUUGUUGAGCACAUGGAGCCCGGGGGUACCCUUGGAUGAAAUGGAAAGGGAGUCAGGUGCAGAUGCAGAAAUCCAAACGGUUUUAAGGUGCAUCCGGGAAGGAUGGCACGAUGUCAAAGGAGAGUCCCGUCCUUUUUGGAAUGUUCGACACGAGUUGGCACCUGUGGGUGGAAAGUCGAGUUGUCUGAUGAGAGGGAAUCGAAUAGUCGUACCAAGGUUGCUGCAGAAACGGGUGCUACAGCUAGCUCAUGAGGGUCACUUGGGGGUUGUUCGUAUGAAACAGAGAUGCCGAGAGUUUGCCUGGUGGCCUGGGAUUGACCGCCAAAUUGAGCAAAUGGUGAGAGAUUGUGAGCCCUGCCUUGUCAGCGGGAAGUCUCGCCAACUGUACAUGCUCCAUUACAACCUACUCCUUGGACAGCGGUACCGUGGCAACGACUUCAGGUAGAUAUCUUUGGAGAAAUUCAAAUAGCAAUGGCUCACCAGCGAUACGCUAUUGUAGUUCAUGAUCUGGGAUCAAAGUGGCCAGAAGUAAGACUGUGCUCACAAGUGCGGACGCAAGAGGUUGUGCAGUUUUUGGAAGACCUUAUUGUUAGGUGGGGGUUUCCUGAGUCGAUAACAACGGACAAUGGACCUCAGUUCCGGUCGUAUGAGUUUCAGCAGUGGUCACGAGAACGGGGUAUUCGCCAUAUUCUCACACCACUGUAUCAUCCAAAAGCAAAUGGAGGAGUCGAAAGAUUCAAUCAAGUGCUUAAACAAGGCCUGAAGACAGGGUUGUUGGAAGGACGUUCAGUGGAGAGUUCAGUGCAAAGCACAUUGUUUAAUUACCGGUCUACGGCGCAUUCACUUACGAGGAAAUCACCAGCAGAAGUUAUGUUGGGCCGAAAGCUUCGGCAGCCCUUAUCCCAGAUGAUUCCUAGGCAAGAUAAGAAGGGAUCACUUCAGCUGAAGAAUGCGGACGAGGUCGUGGCAAGGAAACAGGCAGCGAUGAAGGCAUAUGUAGAUCAUAAAAGGAGAGCUAGAGCUUCGUCCUUUUCUCCCGGAAGUUGGGUAAGAGUAAAGCGUCCGCUAAGAGGCCAUAAGUUGAAGUCGCAAUUGUCCGAUCCAGUAGAAGUCUGGUCAAGGGUAGGGAAGGACACUUACCUGCUACAAGAUGGACGUCUGUGGCAUGCUGACCAAUUAAUUGCUGUGGCGAAGCCAGCUGGUGUUGCAAAUACAGCUGCAGUACUCAGCUGGACUGAUGGGGAAGAGGAGAUCUCAGAAGACAUGACAGGAAAUCAACACGAUGGGGGAAAUGUCGAAGUCGAAGGAGAGGCAGCAAGUGAUGCAGGCACUGCCCAUGAUCAUGAAAAUGAGACAGAAACAACAAGGCCAAAACGAGUGAGGACAAGGCCCAAACGCUUCGAAGAUUUUGAGGUGGAAUAUGCAACUCGAUUAGAAGGGGGAGAAAAUGUUGUGUUUGUAGAUGCUUGCUAGCAUACGGGAACUGGGGUUUGCGGUAGAUAAAGGAUGACUGAACCGGUGUUUGAGUCAGUGUUAGAGUAGCGGCCGUUAACGUGUGUUGAAGAGUACAUUGAGUGAAUACACGACAAAGAGC